AUGAAUUGUUGUUGUUUUUAUUGUUGUUUUCUCCUUUUUUUCCUUCCUUCUUUUUUCCCCCCUGCGUCACAUCUUACGUUCUUUACAUCCCCUGCUUCUGAUAUUGCACAGAGUUGGAGGGAAAAUCCUUUCAAAAUAAUAAUAAUAAAAAAAAAAAGAGGGCGCGGGACAACACAGCAGAUGGACGCCUGGCGUUGCUCUGUCUGCAGGAAGACAAAGGAACUCUCGGGGAAACACCUUGAGGGAAAGACAUCUGUGCGGUCAGACUGCUGGCCGUGUGCGAAGAAGUGUGUAUUUGUGCGGGAGUCCCCCGCGGUAUCCCGAAGCGCGGCACAGGUGGUCACGGCGCCGUUCCUCUUCAAUCCGAACCUGUCAACAUCCCUUGAGAAGUCCACGACGGCGGCAUCGACAAUGGCGACGACGGGAGUGGCAUCGAAUCCAUUCACCGCGUCGGCUGCAUUCACGAACAAAACGCCAUUUGCCAGCGCCCCAAACACGUGGAAGGGCACAACGGCCAGUAGCAAACCAGUUAACGCCGCCGCGGACGCAUUUGCAGCAGCGGGAAAGCAACUGGAGACGGAGGCCCCCGCACGAAAGAACGCGUUCUUGCCGUCAGAAAAGGCCUUUCCCAUCGUCAUGCACUCUGCACCCGCCACCGACAGACCACGUCAGUCACCACCGUUUGCAUUCACAUCAUCGCCUACCGCCGUCAUGCCCUUGGUCAACGACAACGCAAAGUUGGGGAAUAUAACUAGCAACAACGGUCACGAAAGCAGCAAUAAGCCAGUGUGGCGUUGCUCUGUCUGCAGGAAGACAAAGGAACUCUCGGGGAAACAUCUUGAGGGAAAGACAUCUGUGCGGUCAGACUGCUGGCCGUGUGCGAAGAAGCGUGUAUUUGUUCUCUCCCACCCCGAAUCGUGCGUUUCUUCCGAGCCCAAUUUGUCAACUUUUUUUUCUACGACAAUGAAAUUGGCGACGUCGCCGAAUAACAGAACGCGGGAUGUUAUCAGCAUUUCGCACGGCGCCAGCCCUAUGCCAUCUGCAACGAGGUUGUGGCAGGAUCCGGUGGUCCCCUCGAACGAUCAGGAGGCCAAUGCGUUUAUUGUGUGCUAUUUUUCUCAACAGCCGUCAGCAAAGGAACAGUUGGAUCAGACGAGGAGGUCCGUCUCUUUGGAAUCCUCUUCUCCGAGCGUCUUAUUGCCGUCGCUUGCAAUGACAUUUGAGGGAGAGGUGUUGCGUGGGUACAGACAGCAACUUGUGGAUGGUAUACGUACCCGAACCGUGUGGCAUGACUGUACCCUGUACGUCUUGGCGCCUGAGAACAGAGAGGGAAAAGGCCCCAAUACGGCCGGUGCUUCACAACUAGGGGCCGCCGCAGUCGUGUUUCUCGCAGCGGAGCAUAAGCUUGCGCUUUCGCCGUUUCGACGUAUGCGACGUAUAUUUUGCCCAGAUGAGUUUACUUUUGCGGCAGCGUGUGUGUACGCGAAUACAUUUUUGGCGGGGCAUCCCACAAGCUCUCAGCAGUCCUCGUUUGUUGUGUAUGGGCCACAGGUGGACCACACGGUGCCCAUGACACGGUGGGGCCCCAUCAUUGAGAGCUGUACUCAUGCGCGGCAACGGGUGGUAAGCGAGGAGCAGCGGGUGGAGGGCGCACAAAGCAUCUUUCGUCGUAGCGGCUGGCUGGCGCUGCCGCUGCACGCCACAGCCGAGGCAAUUCGACUGUUGGAGGUGCAACAACAGCAAGAGCAUGCUGAAAAAAAUGCCACGGAAUGUUUGGGCGUUGAUGUCGUUUUCGUGGCGGAGACGAUGCGGCUUGAGGACCUGCCACAAGCGGCGGCGCUGGCCCUUCCAGUAAAACCAUUUUAA